AUGAUGGCCCACAGCAUGGCCUCGCGGGCGGCUUCGCAGCGAUCAAAUGCCUUUGUUUCGAAGAGCACGCCUGCUCCCUUCAGCGGCAGGCCGAGCCUGCGCGCGGGGCGCCGGCGCGCAGUCGCGCCCGCGGCACAGGCUGCGAAUGCUGCGUCUGCCGCGUCUGCGGAGAUCGCGAGCCGCGCGCCCAAGGAUGUGCGCGUUGUGGUGGCCGGCCCCACUGGCUACAUCGGGAAGUUCGUGACGAAGGAGCUGAUUGACCGCGGUUACCAGGUGACCGCCCUGGCCCGCGAGAAGGCGGGCAUCAAGGGCAAGAUGAGCAAGGAGGACACGCAGAAGGAGUUCAGCGGCGCGCGCGUGGUGUUUGGUGACGUCACCGACGUGGCCAGCAUCAGCGGGGCGGCGUUUGACCAGCCCGCGGACGUCGUCGUGUGCUGCCUCGCCAGCCGGACGGGCGGCAAGAAGGACAGCUGGGACAUCGACUACCAGGCCACUAAGAACGUCCUGGACGCGGCGCGCAAGGCGGGAGCCAAGCACUUUGUGCUGCUGUCCGCGAUCUGCGUCCAGCGGCCGCUGCUGGAGUUCCAGAAGGCCAAGCUGAAGCUGGAGGCUGAGCUGGCGGCGGCGGGUGACAUCACCUACUCGAUCGUGCGGCCAACUGCAUUCUUCAAGUCGCUGGCGGGGCAGGUUAAGCUGGUGCAGCAGGGCAAGCCUUACGUCAUGUUUGGCGACGGCAACCUGGCGGCCUGCAAGCCCAUCAGCGAGGCUGACCUGGCGCGCUUCAUGGCGGACUGCAUCUCGGACCCGUCCAAGCACAACCAGCUGCUGCCCAUCGGCGGCCCUGGUGGCGCGCUGACCGCCAAGCAGCAGGCCCAGAUCCUGUUCCGCCUGACCAACAUGCCCGAGAAGUACAUCUCCGCCCCCGUGUGGCUGUUUGACGGCAUCAUUGGGGUGCUGGACCUGCUGGCCAAGGCCUUCCCCCAGAUGGAGGACGCCGCCGAGUUCGGCCGCAUCGGGCGGUACUACGCCACCGAGUCGAUGCUGGUGUGGGACGAGGCGCGCGGCGCGUACGACGCUGACGCCACCCCCGAGUACGGGGUGGACACCCUGGAGGGCUUCUUCAAGAAGGCCGUGACCGAGGGCCUGGCGGGGCAGGAGCUGGGGGACCAGGCUGUGUUCGGCGUGGGCGAGUGA